AUCGGGACCAGGGCGGGCACCGGGACCGAGGGAGUGACCGUGGCCGGAGCGAGGGGUGAACGAACUGGGGAGCGGGACAGGCCGGGGCCGGGGAGCGGGACUUGGGGGGCACACCGGGAGCGGAGGCCGGGCCGGGGGUGUCACUGUGCCCUCCUGUGUCCCCCCCCCAGCGCCCCUCCCCGCGCCCAGGAUGGCGGGCCGGGGCCGGGGCCGGGGCCGGGGGCAGAUGACGUUUAACGUGGAGGCCGUGGGCAUCGGCAAGGGGGACGCGCUGCCCCCGCCCACGCUGCAGCCCUCCCCGCUCUUCCCGCCCCUGGAGCACCGCGCGGUGCCCCUGCCGGGGGGCGAGGAGGGCGAGUACAUGCUGGCUCUGAAACAGGAGCUGCGCCGGGCCAUGAGGGGCCUCCCCUACUUCAUCAAACCGGGGGCUCCCCGCAGAGACAUCGAGCGCUACUCAGACAAGUACCAGCUCUCCAGCCCCGUGGACAGCGCCAUCGACUGGAGCCCAGACUGGCGGCGGCUCCCGCGGGAGCUGAAGAUCCGCGUGCGGAGGCUGCGGAAAGGCAGUGAGUGACCCCCCCCCCCGUCCCCAAGCCGCGCGUC